AUGUCUUUCGUUGUACCUCAUCAAAAAAGGAGUCAUAAUCUAAUUAAAAAUGUUCAGCUGCUUAGUAAUUUGGCUCUUCCCCAACAAAAGGUGAUCGUUAUUCAUGAUAAAAUUGGACUCGAACCCAUGGCAACAGAACUCAUAACUAAAUGGCUUCAAGAGCAACGAGAUAAGAUAGCUUUUCCGUGUGGAGUGAACCUCUUGAAUGAGUUCUCAGAAUUUUUGCUCAUACCAAUAUCCAGGUUAGAACGUCGAUUUAAGCCCAGUGAGCUAUUCCAGUAUGUAGCGCAAUGCAAAAAGAAGGCUACCGUUGUUCAUGCCUUCGUGUGGAUCUCGGAACCAAAAUUGCAACAAGCUUUUCUACUGCCAUAUCUUGAACAUAUGGCUGAUACGGUUAUAACGUUCGAGGACAGCUCACAUAUCUCACUGUUGGUGAAAAAAAGAAGCGGGAAAGUCACCAAUAAAUACUACAUAUUUGAUUACAACAACGGAUCUGUUACCGUGGUAGAAGAAAAACAUCCUUCAGUUACCAGACAGCCCACAUCAGAUAAGGUGGAUCCGACUCCGAAUCCAGCCGCACUUGGGACAUUUAAAAUUGACCUGAAAGAUGAGGAGGUUGCCGCGAAAAAUGCUUUAACAUUGCCUUUCGAGUUCUAUAAAUCUACCCCGGAAGGAGGGAAAAUUCUCUACCACCCAGAUGCGGAAGAUGAUCUCGACGAGGAGGACCCAGACGAUGAUUUGUUGAUUUAA